AUGAAAUUUAAGGAUUACUAUUCUUUGUUAAAAGAAUGCAUAAAGAGAAGGGCUUUGGGAGAAGGCCAAGGGGUGCAUGCCCACAUUAUUGGAACUUGUUAUAACCCGCCAGAGUACCUUAGAACAAGGCUGAUUGUGUUGUACAUAAAGUGUGAGGUUUUGGGAGAUGCAGUAAGAGUGUUUGAUGAAAUGCCUGAAAGGAAUGUGGUUUCAUGGACCGCAGUUAUCUCAGGGUUUGCGAGAAGUGGGUGUCACUCUGAAGCUCUCAAUCUUUUUGUUCAGAUGUUGAGAUCAGGCCCUUAUCAUUUUGGAAAGCCACAGCUCAAAGAAUUCGAGCAGCUAAAAUUUCCAAUCGGGGGGAAAUUCUGUCUUACCCGUGGUGUAUUUAUCGAACAGUUAUACGAUGAGGUGGCAAAGGUGGGUGACAGUGCCCGUAAAUGCUAUGCGGAAGGCUCGACUGAACGCUAUAACGAUGAAGAGUUCAACAGGAUAAUGGUUCUUGAUGCUUUGUUUGUGCUUUUUGUUAUGUUACCUUCCUCUGAGGCAGAUGAGGACCGUGAGGUAGAAAAAACAGUAAAUCAACGACUGAAUAAGAGUUUCCACAUUGUGUUGAGGGACCUGUUCUUGCUAGAGAAUCAAAUUCCUUUACUAGUACUAAAAGUUUUGAUGGAAUUCAUGUCCAUAGAUCAAAAGACAGAUACACAUAGUUUCAUGGAGUAUGUCCUUCAGCUGUUCACCACAAAGCCACCUCGGAGAAAUUUAGGCACUAAUAUUGCCAGUAAAUUUCUCAAAAAAAUGACAGGAUGCUCCUCUAAAAGUGCGCAAAAAAUGGAGCCACCAGAUAUGGAUGAAAGCCAGGAUCACCUUCUACAACUAGUGCGGAAAAAGCUCAUCAGGCCAAUAUUUACACAUACAUUAAAAAACAUAUAUGCAUUUAUCAAUGAAUCAAAUGUCCUGGAAUCGUAUCGUUCAGUAACUGAUCUCAAAUCAGCAGGAAUUUAUUUCAAACCAAAUCAAACUGGAAAUCUUGCUGAUGUAGAGUUCAAACCUCGCCUUGUUUCUGGUAUUCUUACACUUCCUUCAAUCAAGGUUGAUCAUUUAACAAGACCUUUGCUAUUAAACUUGGUGGCUUAUGAAAUGUGUCCGCAUGGACCUCUUGAUUUGCUCAUUACGUCGUACAUUUGUCUAAUGGAUUCACUGAUUGAUACUGCUGAUGAUGUUAAAGAGCUCAGGCAGAAAAGAAUUAUUUCCAACAAAUUAGGCAGUGACGAACAAUUGGCACAACUCUUUAACGGGAUAGCUAAUGAUUUGGUACCUGAUCCUCUUGCGUAUUUUGAUGUUAAGUCGAAGAUUGAUACACAUUGCAAGCAAAAAAGACAUAUCUGGAUGGCUGAAUGGAUACACAAGUAUUUUAGCAGUCCUUGGACUCUCUUGGCUUUUCUAGGUGCAAUUUUGGCCCUUGCCCUUACUAUGGCACAAACAGUUCUUGCUGCUUAUCCGCGCUAA